CUUGCUUGGGGAGAGGAAGCAUGCAGUGAGCAGGAGGACCCUAGGCUCCCCUCAUCCCAUGAACCCAAUGAGAUAACUAUCAAGUCAUCCUGAAUAUCCCAGGAAUUGACCUGAAGAUGGUCAACUAAAGGGAGAGAAGAGGCCGCACUGAAGAAGAGAAUCCUGGGCAUUGAACACGUUUUGCAUGGUCUCAGAGGGAAUGGUCUCUUCUUCAGGGCUGGACUCUUCCCCAGGGAGGGGUAACUUCCAGGAAGACCACUGAUACCUUCUUGAUAGUAGUCACACAAUGCUUCCCGGAGCAGGUCAUGAAAUCUAUCUGAUGCAUUAUAACAAGAGUUCAAAAUAAAAUUUACCCAAUGCAAUAGAAUCCAAGCUCAGAGAAGAUUAAUCAAGAAAAGGCAUGCAGAACAUCCUGCCCACACAGACUCACAGAUCAAAAUCUUCAUACACUGCAGUAAGAGGUGGAGGGAAUAAGAAGAACCAGAGAAAAGCCUUCCUCAGAGGUCAUAAGACGAGAGAGAAUCUACCAAGCAGUUGCUGGCAGGCCUCCCCAGGCUUUCACUUGGAUCUUAGCAUGAAGCCCUCCCUGAAGUCCUGUGAGGUCACUCCAUUGCUCAGUGAUGUGAUACAGCCCACCCACUCUCUUCACACCCCAUUACUUGCAUCCUCCACCUCUGAUAAGCCAUACAAUAUGGGCUGGAGUGUCCUACCUAAGGAGGUUGCCAUAAAUGUGGAAAAGGCCUUGGGAGGAGGGAAGUUGCUGGAGGUAGCCUCUGUGGUCAAGGAGACCCUGAAGACAGCAUCCAGUGCCCCAGUGAACAUUGCAGUGACUGGGGACUCUGGCAAUGGCAUGUCCUCCUUCAUUAAUGCACUGCGGGGAAUUGGGCAGGAGGAGGAGGAAUCAGCUCCCACUGGGGUGGUGAGGACCACCCAGACUCCCACUCGUUACUUUUCCUCCCACUUUCCCAAUGUGGUGUUGUGGGACCUACCCGGAAUAGGGGCAGAUACCCAAUGCCUGGGGAACUAUCUGCAGGAGAUACAGUUUAGUCUGUAUGACCUUGUCAUCAUCAUUGCAUCAGAACAGUUCAGCAUGAAUCUCGUGAAGCUUGCAAAAGUCAUCCGGGACCUGGGAAAGAAGUUCUAUAUCGUCUGGACCAAGCUGGACAGGGACGUCAACACAAGUGCCCACUUGAAGGAACGACUCAUGAAGAAUAUUCAGGAGAAUAUCCAGGAAAAUCUCCAAAAAGAGGGAGUGUGUGAACCCAACAUAUUCCUGGUCUCUAGCUUUGACCCCUUAUUGCAUGACUUCCCUAAGCUUAGGAUCACAUUGCAUAGGGACAUUUCUGACACCAGGUACCAUGGUCCUCUAGAAAAUCUCUCCCACACUUAUAAGAAGGCCAUUAAUGACAAAGUGAUCACUUGCAGGAAGAAAAUAGCCUCAAAGUCUUUUGACACCCUUGGUAUCUGGAAUGCAGAUGAUCUGGAGCAAAGUCUGAUGGCCUACCACUUGCUCUUUGGUAUAGAUGAUGAAUCCCUCCAGCAGCUGGCUCAGAGUAUGGGGAAGUCCAUAGAGGAGUACAGGGCCCUUAUGAGGUCUCAAGAUCUAAAUACUGUCCUCAGAGGGGACUGGCUAUUUUCUUGCAUGAAUUGUAAUGUAGUCUCUUGCCUAUGUUUAAUUCUGAGAUGUAUCCCACUGUUAGGUGUCUUUGUUUUCAACUCCCUUAGAGAGUGGAAACACAGAUGCCUCCUUGAAAUAGUUGCCAAUGACACCAAGGACAUCCUGAAGAAAAUCCUGACAGACUCCAUCAUCUGAAGAAGUGAUGUUUCAGCAACCUCCUUCUGAAGGGAAUUCAGGACAUCUGGGGUCCUAUUGUCACACUGUCUCCUUUCUGAAUUCUCAGUCAAGCUCAGUUACUUUCACUUUCAUUGAUUGUAAGUUCCUUGAGGUAUAUGAGAUGACUUGCUCAUUUUGAACUCAUGUCAGGAAAUUCCCAAAUAUGUUGUACUUUUGUCUUUUAUUAAAUGAGAGGUGGAAGAAAAUAUCUGCUCAAUGUGACAUAGAGUCAUUCUGACAUCCAUUUCUCACUUAACCUUAGCAUCAUUUCUCUGAUGUCCAUGUUCUUUCACUUCUCAUCUCACACUCUGUAAACUCAUACAAUCUUGACCUCCCUAUAUGUCAGUGGUAGACACUUUAAAAUGACCUCUAACAUUUCCUCCUAUUUUCAUGUCUGUGUUUAAGCCCUUUCCCUGGAGUGACUAAUAGAAUA